AACACUCUGAAUUUACGAACGCCCAGAGCACACUCUUGAGUGCAUUCUAGCACUCCAGAUUGAAUUUACGAACACACCCUGAAUGGUUAGACAGUAAACGGUUUCCGUUGCAAGUCAUAAUGAAUACACUCCUUGAUCCGUUGUCUUACAACUGAGCAAGUUUGCCCAUUUUGGGAGAAACCAUUUUCCAAGUCGGCACAACAGUAGGUCUGUAUUGCCCUGUUCAGUGCAUUCUGCAUUACACACAUUCUAUCAGGAGACUGAAUUCUCCUAAUGGCUAAUUUAAUCCUAUAGCUACUAUACUGUUUACUUAGUUGGAACUGAUAAAUGUCUUGUAUGUGUUAUUAUUUAUCUGUUUGUGUUGACAUGGUUACCAUCAACCACACUAUAUGAUACACAAAUCAUUUUAGCCUUGAAUGUGCUUAGGUGCCUAAUACAAAGCUUCCCCCUUAUGAGUAGCUAGACAACAGGCAGAGUAAUGUCUGAUUUAGCUAGAGACAAGGCAGCUCGUCUUCUGAAGAAGAGAGGUAGUGUGUCAUCCCUUGGCAGCCAUGAUGUCAGAGCCAAGGAAACAGGGGGCAAGAUCAAGGAUUCUAUAAGCACCGUAUCCUAUAUCGAUGAGCCUGGUCACCAUGACGAUAACCCUCGACCCGCAGUACAGAUGGAGAACACCUUCCAAUUGGCACCACAUAGACGCUUCCCUGUUCUCACGGUCAAUGACAUCCUGAAGGAUGUGCUCGACAGUUACCUGCAAGAAGAGAAGUAUGAAGCUGAGCUCUGUCGGCAGAUGACAAAGACCAUAUCUGAGGUGAUCAAAGCCAGGGUGAAGGAUCUGAUGAUUCCCCGUUAUAAGAUCAUUGUUCUGAUCAGCAUCGGACAGCUCAGUGACCAGAACAUGCGCAUCGGGAGCCGCUGCCUGUGGGACUCCUCCAACGAUACCUUCUCCUCACACUCCUUCAAGAACAGCUCUCUCUUCGCCGUGGCCAACAUCUACGCUGUUUACUUUGAGUGAGUCAUCACCCAUGGUCACAGAUGACUGUCUUAGACUGUGGGUACUCAAGUCCUAUAUAGUCUCAUGUAGUCUGUCAUAAGGGCUACAUAACAGUGUUAUAAGCAUGACAUAAUAGAUUAGAUUUGUUUGAAAAUCACGACUGUUGGUGUCUGUUUAUGACAACUGUGAUGACUCAAAUAAUGUUUCGAUCAGCUAAGUGGGCAAGCUUAAAGCUAGCCAACUGGCUUGUGUCGUGACAGUGUUAAGUCGAUUGCCAUAAAGUGACACCGACUGUAAUGUCAUUGUCACAACUGUCUUAUGUAAUCCCUAUGACUAAGCUUUCAAGUAAAGUGUACCAAAUGACCUAUGUUCUAUUUCUGUAUUCGUACCAUACCAUGGGUAUUCUAAAUGGUCUAUCGUGUGUAUGAUGUUCAUUUGCAUGUCAUGGAGAAUGGUUGUGUGGAACCAUUAAAUGGGAAACUUUAAAUGAAGGUCAUGCCUAGAGCAUUGUGGUUUUAUCAAACAGACUGUAAGUAUCAAGGAAGUAUCGGAGGCAAUAACAAUAUAGUCUCAGGAAAAAGGAAAUAAGUUCAUACCAUAGUCUGAAUAUCUUUCUGGAAAUGAUUCAUUUUGGUUACAUAUGUUCUUGUCUGUGUAAUAAUGUACAAAUACUGUAUAAUACAGCAUUUCUUGAUCCUUUAAAUCUCAAAUAGCUUUUGCAAUCACUGUGGCACAUAGUCACACACUGUCUUGACUUCUGGCAUAUUUUGAAUAUUGUUCUCAAAUUUGUAGAGCAUGUUUUAUAUUUUUAAGAAACUUAAGACUUAAAAGAAAUUGUCUAAGUUUCAUCCUGAGAGGCAAAGUCUGUUCAAUUUUCAUAUAGACCUCAUUCAGUGGAAGUGUUAUUGAACUGAUGACUUGGGUUUCAGUGUCAUAACUUGUUGAAAUAAUUUGCUGGUCUUGUCAUAACUUUCUGAAUAGAUUAUUGAUUUUGUACAGUUGUCCAGUCAAAAUGUCUACUCGCUGAAUGUAACCCAUUUGCUUUGGUUCGCUAAAAUGGCCCUUUGUACAACAUGUAUUGCCUCUUGUUGAAUGAAUAAAAGUCAGAUCAACCAUAAUAAAGACAUCGGAAGAGAUAUCACAA